AACUCAUCUCAAUAUUUUCAAGGAAAUUCAUAAAUUUGCAGCGUGAUCUUUUCUUACAAAAUUCUUCCUAAAGACUAAAGUACGCGUUUCUCUCUCAUCCUACCCGCACCUUUUGCUCACUCGCUUUUCCUUCUUACCCUUGCCUACUUUUUGCUAAACUCCAAAAACUCUGCUAAUAUCUCCAAUUUUUUCUCCUUCAUUUACACUAAUCAAUCUUUUGUUUUGGGAAUUCAUCGCGUACUUGCUGUAUUAAUCUUGCUUGCUACUCUUGAGGGACAACCAUGAGCUGUUUUAGUUGCUGUGGAGAUGAUGAUUUUCAGAGAGGUGGUGAUAAUGGAGCAUUUAUGACACAUAAUCCAUCUGGUAAUCAUACAGCUUAUCCAACAAAAGAAGAUAAGCCAAAGGACACCCAAACUGUAAAUUUUCAGCCUCCUGCAGUUCCUGCUAUAACUGUAGAUGAGUUGAAAGAAAUUACAGAAAACUUCGGAACGAAGGCUUUGAUUGGUGAGGGAUCUUAUGGAAGAGUUUAUUAUGGCACACUAAGAAGUGGACAAGCGGCUGCCUUGAAAAAAUUAGAUUCCAGUAAACAACCAGACCAAGAGAUUUUGGGACAGGUGUCAAUGGUAUCAAGACUUAAACAUGAGAAUGUGCUUGAGCUUGUGGGUUAUUGUCUUGAUGGCAACUUUCGAGUCCUUGCAUACGAGUAUGCUGCAAAUGGUUCUCUUCAUGAUAUUCUUCAUGGACGAAAAGGUGUCAAAGGAGCACAGCCUGGUCCUGUCCUCUCAUGGGCACAGAGAGUUAAAAUUGCUGUUGGAGCAGCCAAAGGGCUUGAGUAUUUGCAUGAGAAAGCUCAACCUCACAUUAUACAUCGUGAUAUUAAGUCCAGCAAUGUUCUUUUAUUCGACGAUGACGUUGCAAAAAUUGCUGAUUUUGACUUGUCAAACCAAGCCCCAGAUAUGGCAGCACGUCUACAUUCCACACGUGUUCUCGGAACAUUUGGAUACCAUGCUCCCGAAUACGCUAUGACUGGACAAUUGAGCUCAAAGAGUGACGUCUAUAGUUUCGGUGUCGUUCUCCUGGAGCUCUUAACCGGGCGUAAACCUGUAGACCAUACACUACCUCGUGGACAGCAGAGUCUUGUGACAUGGGCAACUCCAAAGCUUAGUGAAGAUAAGGUAAAGCAAUGUGUUGAUCCAAGAUUAGGAUCAGACUAUCCUCCCAAGGCUGUUGCUAAGAUGGCCGCUGUAGCCGCGCUAUGUGUGCAGUAUGAAUCUGAUUUUCGCCCAAAUAUGAGCAUCGUUGUUAAAGCUCUUCAACCGUUGUUAAAUACACGGACAGGCCCUCAUAAUGAAGCUUCACAUGUGUAAUUGUAAAAUCCCCAUUUGCUAAGGAAUGUCUGAUGUGUAUCAAAGUAUUACAUUGAUUUCUUUCAUACAUGAUUUGAGUAAUUAGUGCAAUGUAUUUUGUUGAAUGUGGAUUCUGGUCAGCUGCUGUAAGUCUGUUGUAAUGCAUAAAAUGUUGCUAUAACUUAAAAACUUCAACUUAUAGGUAGCAUUCUCUCUA